UGCGGCUGGGGAUACUUCAUCGCGUGGUCCGCAUCCUUCUAUCCGCAGCCAUGGAUGAACAUUCGGCGCCGGACGACCGAGGGUUUCAUCCUCGACUUCCCACUCCUGAACGUCUUUGGUUUCACUUGUUAUACCAUCAGCACCGCAGCCUUCCUCUACUCGCCGACCAUUCGACACGAAUACGCCGCACGCCAUCCCGCUAGCCCAGAGCCGACGGUCCGGGCGAACGACUUCGCCUUUGGCCUGCACGCGACCAUUCUGUGCAUCAUCAUCGUCUCGCAGUUCUGGUCCAAGCUAUGGGGCUGGACCCCGCUAGCGCAGACGCCGCGACCGACGAAAAUCACCUUGGCAGUUCUCUGCUGUUCGUGUGUGAUUGUCUUGGUGAGCAUUUUCAUCGUGCUGGCGGAUCAGGUCAAGCCGGUGGAGCGGCGGCGAGGUUGGGGAUGGAUCGAUGUGAUGUACUCCCUGACCACGGUCAAACUCCUGCUCACGGUCUUCAAAUACUCACCACAAGCGUGGUUGAACUAUCGCCGCAAGUCCACGAUCGGUUGGGCCAUUGACGGCAUGACGCUGGACUUCAUCGGAGGCGUCUUGAGUCUCGUCCAACUCGUGAUCGACUCGGCUUCGCAGGCUGAUUGGUCUGGAAUCACCGGCAAUCCGGUCAAGUUCGGAUUGGCGAAUAUCUCCCUGUUCUUUGAUGUCAUCUUUCUUGUUCAGCAUUUUGUCCUUUAUGGACCGGUUGAGUCGAAGACAACAAAGUCUAGCGACGAAGAACCUCACGAGACGGAUCGUCUACUGAGAGGCGAGCAAGAGGCUUCUCUGCCGCCUUCGGAUGAUAGGAAUACUGCUAAUUGAUUGCCAUUGGUAGAAAUCUGAUAGAGUUGAAAACUUGAUCGACAGCGGGU